CAAGACUUCCCCUUGUCGAAGCCACCUAUUCUUUCCCAUUCUCUUACCGCUGCCACCUCACUUGUUGAUCUUUCCCUGCUUUUUCUCCAAAAAAAAAAAAUCAGGCUUCACUUGUCAUAUUAAUUCUUCCCUUGAAGCUAAAAGCUCGUGGCUUUGAAACAAUAAAAUGGGGAACUGCAUGGCUCGGCCUUCAUCCAAGGAUGGCAAUUCUGAUCACCACGUGGACUUUGCUGCUGGGAAUGUACAACUUAUUACUUCCAGAGAAUCUUGGGAUCAGAAGAUGGAAGAAGCAAGAAAGGAUGGCAAAGUUGUGAUUGCAAACUUCAGUGCAUCGUGGUGUGGCCCUUGUAGGGUGAUUGCACCUUAUUUCUGCGAGUUAUCAGAGAAAUAUCCAUCAAUUAUGUUCUUAAUAAUUGAUGUCGAUGAACUCACUGACUUCAGCACUUCCUGGGAUAUCAAAGCCACCCCAACUUUCUUCUUUCUCAGAGAUGGGAAACAGAUUGACAGACUGGUAGGAGCCAACAAGCCUGAGCUGCUGAAGAAAAUUGUUGCCAUUAGUGAUUCAAUAGUUCAGUAUCAAUAAGGGCUUGUUUCCAAUGGCAAGAAGCUAUGGGUUUCUCCCUAAUCAAUGCUGUCUACCGUUCUUGUUUUGCAUUCUCGAUGUAAGUAUUGGGUUUCGCAAUGAUGUCAUUCAUUUAAAUUAUUGGCGUCACUAUGACAAUAUGUUCAAGCGAGUCUGUUCUAAAAAUAUUAAAAGGUGUUGUUCAAAUGUUUCCAAGCAUUUGUUUGAUCUUUUCAUACGAGAAGCUAGAGGAUGAAGCUGUACAAUUCGGAUCGGUC